UAUGAAAUAUUUUCGGGGAUGGGGAUCUUCAAGUCUAAAAACUCCGGUCAUUUGUCACCAAAAUGUAUACGUCUGCCUAGUGGGAGUAUUUUUGACUGUGAUCGAAAAGUACUAAUACAUGAGCCUGAAGACUUACGUUAUGUAUGUACUCGAUUAAAUAUCCCUGAAGAUGAAAAAUUUUUUAUUAUCACUGAGCACGAUGGAGAGCGCUGCCUUAUUCCUAUAUUCUACCCACUGCAUCCCAACAUUCUAAACUACAAAACUUCAAAACAAUUUAUAACAUAUCAUUUGUGUGAACAGCUUCACCUGAAACGUAUCCAGCUGAGCAGUCCUCAGGAUUGUUCGGAUGUUAAGUUGGUCAACGAUUUCAUCAUAGCCAAUAAAAAUCAGUUGAAUACCAGUGAAGAAGACUCCAAAGCUCUGAAUGAACUUUUGAAUUCCGAAGAAAUGGUUACCCGCCUGUUGAGCGUACUCCUAAGUAUUCCAGAACUUACUACACACCUGGUACAUGUGAAUGAUCAUAAAGGAAAAUUAUAUCAAAUUGAAAUUAGCAGAGAUGGACUACGUAUUCAUCAAGAGUUUGUGGAAUCAUCAUCGACUCACUUCACUUGGCAAGAUAUGGGUAACGCUAGUGCAAGUCGUUCAACUGUAACACUACCAGUUUACAUGACUGCUGACAAAGCUGAAAAGCUACUCGAUUUCAUUGCUGUGAAAAGUGGUAAAAAUAAACAGUCAAGUAAACUUAAAACGAAAAAGACGGAGGAUUCGAAAGCAAAUGUUGUCCAGCCACAUGGAGAUAAUGCAGACAAUACACCACAACAGUAUAAUCUGAAAUUUCGUUUAUCUGAUUCAAAAGCUGCUAAGCGAUUAGCAAUACAACUGUAUACAAUACACAAUACAAUUAUACAAACUUCUAGUGGUAGUAACAAUAGCAAUAAUAAUGCCGCUGUUACAACAAGACAAUGCAAUGAAGAGAAGUCAACCUCUGAAGCAUUGACACGAUUCAAUCGACAAUUCCGUGACACAUUUAGAUGUUUCUCAAGACCAUUUCUCUUGACAUCUAAAAAUUAUAAGUCUAAAAGACGUUCAACAAAAGGUUUAAAUGAUAAAGACGAUACAGCAGUGAAACAGGAGAGCAACACUGAAGGGAAUACAACUGUCCAGGUAGUACAGUCUUCCAUUUCCAGUCCAUCUGUUGUGACCAGUGAAACAAAACCAGCUGUCAAUGUCACCACCACGACUAGUAUUCCAAGUAACAUAACACCAGUUUCCACAGGAAUCACAGAUGAUAAAAAGAUGUGGAAGUAUCCUGUUCAUACCACUCCUAUUGCUUCUGCUGGUACUGCUACAUCGACAAUGUCUUCUAUGUCACACACAACAUUUACAUCACAUUCAAAAAUUGUUCAACCUAAUAUAAUACAAGCUAAUUAUGAAAAUGUGUCACCAGUUGUAAUAGAACCUGUUGAAGUGGCUGCUGCAGGUGAAGCACAAGCUGAAUUAGACGAACGUGAUGAACAAGUAUUACAUUCGCUGCUAAUGAACAAGGCUCCAACAAUUGUGUCUUCUGUACCAGUAAACAAUUUCUCAUACUCACUAUCACAUCAUACAUCAAUGACACCAGUUACAACACUGUCGUCGAGUACCUUUGUAAGUCAUUCACAGACAACCAGCAGUUCAUUUACAAAUCAAUCGACUACACCAGUAGUAUUAUCCUCAUUCAAUAAUACUUCACCGUAUACUGCUAUUAAUAAGUCAAACUCAACACUGCAUACUGAUCAGCUGGCUAGUUCUAUGCCUCCACAAUCACCGUCAACAAUAACUACCACAACAAUGAACAACAAUAAGCAGCAGCCUGAUAUUUUGAAACAAUCUGUAGAAGAAGUGAAGUCAAAGGUUGUUUCAUCAUCUAAUGUAUUCUCUUCUACAAUUAGCAGCAACACUACAACAAGUAAUCAUUCUUCAUCAUUCUUAAAUGGGUCGUUAACUCCUACUAAAAUAUCAGAACCAAGUUGUAUCCCUUCGAUUAGUCCGACUGUUCAACAGAAAUCGGAAACAACUACUGGGAUGACGAUACCCAAUACACAGAGCACAAAGUUAACUACUCCAGAACACAUCAGUGCGGUAACUGCAUCUACACCAUCUCCGCAACCAUUACCAACACAUUCAGUCAGUGUUGUUACAACUAACACUGAACCCUUGACAACUGUUAAUAAAAACAAUACACCGGAUGCCUACAAUACUGAUUCACAACCUGUACAAAAUGUUCAGCGUAAAAGUCAGCUGACAAGUUUAUAUGCUCCACAACCAUAUGAAGCUGUUACUGAUAAUAAAACACAUUCAACUAUGUCCACCUCCGAUUCAUUCCAAUCACGUAUUAAACCGCCUUCGAUUACAGUGAAAUCGUCAACAGAAUUAACUAAACAGAUAAGUACACUGAAGAUGACUACGACAGCUGUUAAAAUUGAAGAGUCAACUAAUAAUUCAAAACAUGUAGAGAAUAAUAAUUCAACGUUGAAUUCAUCAUUUCAGUCAUCAGAAAAUAAUAAGAUAAAUAAUAUUACGAAUUCACCGAAUCCUCCUGUGUUAUGCUCUGCUUCAGUGAGUGUAAGUGGCAUUCGUCCACCCAGUGGUAUCAAACCACCGUCUAUUACUCCAGAUAAAAUAAAAUCACUUAUUAACACCAGUACUAAUGGUAAUGCUACUACUACUACUAAUGGACAUACAAAUUCUACUCCGAACACAUCAUUCACUUCUACAUAUGACGAAUCAAUAAGCAGAGUAGAACGGACACCAGAGCCUUUAAAAAGAAAUGGUUCCACGACAGAAGAUAAUUCAGAGCAUCCACUAAAUAAUGGUGGCGGUAGUAAACUGCCUAAGCCAAUUAAUACUACACCCUCACCGACUCCUGGAAGCUUCCAGUCGAAAAUUCGACCACCUGUAGUAGGCAAUUUGCCUAUUAUGAAGUCUGGUAUACCUCCACCAUCUGUACUGCCACCAUCGAUCAGCCAAACUACAAUUGGACAAUCUCAUUUACCUGUACCGACGAAUACGACUAACAUUCCACUGCCUAGUGGAAUUAAACCACCAUCUCGUUCACCAAGAUCUGCUUUGGCUAAGUGAGUGAUGCAAAGCUGGUGGUGUCAUGUCUAUCGUUAAUGUUCACUGUCUGACUGUUCAUCAGAUGAAAUCUCAGUUACGUUCAGUGUCUCUUGUGAUUCGUUCAUUGAUUAUCUCAUGUACGCUGGACAAUUAACAUUAGUCUAUCAAAGAGCAAGUUGUUUUACAGCUACUACUCACCAUCAACUUAUUCUUCUGAUUAUGCUCAAUGAUAUUUUAUUGUUAUUGGGUGGUUACGUUAUCUUUUGUCUUUGGAGAGAGAGAAAUAAUCCACUAGACUUGUUCAUCCCUGAAGAUGGUGAUGAUAUUUUUUACUUCAGAAUAAAUGAUAGAAUAUCCUAUGUAUUCACAUUCACUGUCAUCAUCGUCCUCCUUCUCCUUCUCCUCCUCCUCACCAUAUAGUAAUCAUUUUAUGGGUUAUUAUUAUUAUUAUUAUUAUAAUUAUCAGUAUUAUAAUUAUGCCAUACUAUAAUAUCAAAGUUUUUCACUUCACCUCAAAAGUAAUAUUGCAUACACAUGAGAAGAUAUUUUCUAUUAAUCAGUAUUAUCCUAUAAUAUGCAUGCAUACACCUUAUGUAUGUUUUUAUGCAUGUAUGCAAGUGUGUAUACAGAUUUCGUCUUUCGUGACCUCAACAUUAUUUUCAUUUGUUAUGUACACGUAUGUUGGCUUGUUUAUUUUCCAAAUUUCGUUUUUGUUUUAAUCUCCUUUAUAAAUGUGACAUUGAUCAUUGAACGAAUUCAUGUUUUGCUGUAUUUUGUUUCGUUCUGUUUUUCUCUUUUUCUUUUCAAUCUACUGUAUGAAUACUUGUCUUUUUUUAGAGAAAAAAAACCCAGUAAAUAACUCUGAAUUAUACUAUGACUUUUGCAUAUUUUCAUGAUUUAUGCAAACUUUUAGGGCGGAAAAAAUAGGCGAAAUGAUACCUUCUUCGUCUUCUGAUUACUGUGUAUUUCCCGAUAUAUAUUUAUGCGGACAGUUUUACGUGAGUCUUUUGUGAGUCUUACCAUCCAAAAUCCCUCUAUGCUAGCCAGUUUGUUAUUGUUUCGUUGGAGAGGUUGGUUUUAUAGUUAGUUGGUUAAUCGUUUCUGUAUUCCUCUGCAUCCCUUUCUAUUCAUCAUUGUGUGUGUGUGUGUGUGUUCAGUAUCUUUUCU